AUUAAAGAACACUGAAACAAAGGAAAUGACGAAGUGAAAUCUUAGUCAUUAAUGAGAUUCAAACAGAAGCCAAAAGGUCGGACGACGAGGCUUAUGGUUCGCAUUCGUUUAAGUAGUUCUUUUCCAACUAUUCAGAAGCGUGUCUCGUGCUACAAAAAAAGCGCGAUGUUGGACGAGAAACAACCAGCAAGGAAACAAGAAAUAAUAUGGGCGGCCAUUUUGUGGUACAUUUAUAUACACGUCCUUGGAAUAUACGCUAUCUGGUUUUUGUUCACUUCCGCUAAAUGGAUGACUGUGAUUUUUACAUUGUUUAUAACGAUCCUUGGUUGCCUUGGAGUGACAGCAGGUGCCCAUAGAUUAUGGGCUCACCGUACGUACGAAGCCACGGGAUCUCUUAGGCUUCUCCUCGUGUUGUUUCACACCAUAGCAGGAGUGGGUUCAAUAUACGACUGGGUAUUAUAUCACAGGCUUCAUCACAAGUAUUAUGGGACAGAUAAAGACCCUUACAAUCAUAAAAAAGGAUUUUUCUAUAGUCACUAUGUAGCUAAUAUAUUGUCACCGAGUAUGGACAUUGAAGAAAUCAAACGUGAGAUCGAUAUGCGUGAUAUCGAGCAAGAUGGCUAUGUUUGGUUUCAAAAGAAAUUCUACUGGCCAUUAUUCAUAAUAUUCGGACUAAUAUUGCCAUUGAACGCGCCGCUGGAAUACUGGGACGAAUCGAUGACUGAAAGCAUACUGAUCACGGGAGUGCUACGAUUCGCCAUUACGGUGAACGUAUCUUGGCUGGUGAACAGUGCACGCUUGGUCUGGAGUAUGGAAACGCAAAAAUUGCCACAAGACAACAUCAGUAUAUACUUCCUAACGAAGUCAUUUUGGCCGAUGUAUCACUACAUGGUACCAUGGGACUGGAAAUGCGGUGAAUUCGGCAGCUACGCGGACGGUUGGGCCACGUUUUUCAUCAAAAUAUGGCACGAGCUCGGUUAUGUUACUUUACUGCAAACAACUGAUUCCGAGGAUGUUAGAGAAAUGCUUCACGAGGUGAGCAAGAAGAAAAUGACGCUUGCGGAGGGCCUUGGAAAGCUGAAAGAAAAAUCUAUGUACAACGCAAAAAGAAUGAAGCUGAUGGUUAGGAACUGAGCUGAAAAUAAAAGUGUACCGAUUUGUCGCAGCUUAAAACGAUAGAUUUAAUUGUUCUUUUAUCGUCUUUCUUUACCAACGUUAUUUCAUAUGAUUCUGAGCAUCGACAAAUCGUACAAAUUAUUACUCACUGACGAAUAUAAACCUUUGUUACAUUAUGAUAAUAUAUUAAUUUUAUAAUAACAAUUAUAUAAUUUUUGAUGACAAAACCAUACAAAGAAGAAAAGAUCAUUAAACAUUUAUAAUUGAAAUUUCAUUCAACUACCUUUAGUUUAUUAAUCAUUUUGUGUAGAGAAUAAUAUAUUAGUUAAUUAGAGCAUUUCGUCUCAAUUGAAAAUUGGGAAACUAUCAAUUGCUCUAGGUUGAUCGGUGUUAGAAGAAUAAUAAGGCGACGAAAUAUAACGGAAGAGAAACCACCAUGUGAAACAAGCUUAAAUUACUAAAUCGCCAUUCCAUCAAAUUAUAGUUUAAACGAAAUUACAAUUAAAUUCACACAACGAAUUUAAUUUUGAAUUCAAUAAAAACAAAAAAAAAAGCAAAACAAAAAAGAACAGAAAGAAAGAGGAUUAAGGAAGAAACGAGAAAGUAUGUCCGUUCUAAAUGCAACAUAUUUAUCAAAAUGAAUCGUUCGGUAAACGUCCGGUUACGUUACUACUCAUGCAACGAGAAAAAAAUUAAUCAAACGAAAGAAAUGAUUACCUUGAAUGCUCUUAUAUAAUUAUCGGCAUGCUACGAAAUGGAAUAAAAUCAAUCAUUUCGUCCUGAUCUGGUAACAAAACAACAUAUAUAUAUAUUUGUCUCUUAAAAUCUGGUAACACAUCACACUUUUAUUUAAAGUUAAGAUUAAAUCUUAGAACUAAUCUCAGAUAGUUCCUUGCAUAGUAAACGUCUGCGAAUGGACAUAUUUGUAUGUCUGCGAAAAGAUCUUAGUAUACUUGUAUGCGAGUUCUUUAUACAUAUGGGAAAAAACACAUAGAAAAAACGAGGGCGAUCUCGUGAAAAAUACCGUCAUAUAUACUUUCUUCAAAAUUUCGCACAACGUUAGCGAAAUUUGCCCCCCUCGUCUUUUUUCACAUUAAUUGCUAAUCUUUAUGCAAUCUUUGAUAUCAAUCUUCUGUGUACACCGUCGUACCGCCGUCGUAACGCGAAUUCAUACAAUUAUCACACUUCUUAUACUCACAAGUGAAUAUCCGAAAAGCCAGUAGGGUGAAGGAAAAUAAGUAGAUGCUAUAUAUGGAAACGAAGAAUUGGUCAGAAACAAUUGGUUGUCAUAGCGACAACCAAUUUUCAGAAAAACAUAUAUGAUGGAUACGGCGAAUGUUCUCUAAAAGUGUGCAGAUCGAUGAGAAACAUGUUGAGCAUCCUUUUUUUUAAUAAAUCAACGAAGAGAGAGGAUUUUGUUUCUUGAAGUGAUACUUCGAAAUUAAUGUUCUAAGACAUUUUUGGCAAAGAAAAAUUCACCAUAUGUUUGAACGUAGUAAUAAUUUUGCUGCCUACUGUUCCUUUUUUUAAUGAAGUUCUGAAGAUAACGAAGGAGAGCCUUGCCUGAGAAUUCGUUUAACUAAUUUUUUAAUUCUUUACAUAGAGAAGGAUAUUUUGUCAAGGAUGGAAUGUCUCUUAGAAAAACAAAUAUUAAAUAUCAACAAAUUUCACAAGCGUCCGCACGAUAACAAAAAAUAUUCAAAGUAAGAGGUUCAAGUAGAAAACUGACAGUCGUUUACAUUUACAUUAAGCGUACAAUGUUUUCUUCACUUCCUUUACAAUCUUUCUUGCAAUCGACUACGUUGCAAAUAAUUUUACAAAUAUACACGUGCAAAUCGUUGCUGAGCACGACAUGCUUUUCUUAAAGGUACCAGAGGCCUUCGUAUUGAUCGACAUCAUCUUAGUUUCGUUCGGCUUUUUCUUCUUUUUUACAAUCACGCCUUCUAAUGUGUUUUUUCAAAUAGUGUCGUAGAGUACAAAUAUUAUUGUGUUUUUUACACGCUCACUUCUUAUUAGGGAGAGAGAACAAAUUAGAAAGAUAUCAUAUUCUGUUUCUUUUAUCUUUCUUAGUCUUUAACCCGAGAAGGCGUGACGAUUCUUCUAUUUUUUAAACAUCUUUAAUUGAAGAAAUGUAUUGUACUAUCUUUUGCAAUUCUACAUAUCACAAAUUAUAAUGUCAAUUUCCAAAAACGAAAAGAACAUUGCUUCCUACCAUACGUAUAGAAAAAUAUUUAGGACCAUAUCAGUAAUAAUAGAUGAAGAUAAUUAAUGUUGUAUUCAGUAAAAAAAAAAGUAAAUAUAAAAGAAGAAAAAAGAAAAUGUUCGGAGAAAGAUCAACUAAAGCUAUAUUUUUUUACAUUCUCCUUCUAGUUUCCGCUUUCUAAGGUUAAAUUCGACCCGAUAGCGAGUCAAACGAGAGGAAAAGGAAUAUAUAUUAAAUUCCAGUGUCCCCAUAAUUGACUCAAACAUCACUACUAAAUAAUUUACGUUGUAUUGUAAUUAAAUUUCCAAAUAAAAAUAAAAAGAAAGAGAGGAAAGAGAAAGUAGAAACGAAAGAUAGAAUUUUUAUUACAAAAAUAGCAUGCUAUUAUAUAAGUAGGAUGAUAGCAAGCAUCUUGGAAGAAUUAAGGAACGAUCAUAAAAGGAAAAAGGGAAAUGUGUGAGGCGAAAAACAAUAGUGAAACCGUACGAAUCAGAGUUACGAAAAAUUUUCAAUUUUUGAAAGAACGAAUGAUUUAUAGCACUAAAAGGGCUAAAGAGGCAUAUUAUCAUAAAGCAUAAAAUCCUCGAAGAGUUUCUCUCGAUUCACUCGGUUCUUUAUGAGAAAACGUUUAACGCGUCCUAAUUGUGCGGUCGCUAUAAUAACUAGCGUUAACAUAACAUUUUUUCUGAUUAAACAUGCUAAAAGCAUUCAUAUCUAUCUCCUUUUAUCCUUCGCAGCUCUGAUAUCGACUAUUAAUAUGAAAUAAAUAAAAGACAAAGACAGUAAAGAAGCUUUCUAAGGAUAGAAUCCACACUGCCAUCGGAUAGAGAACUCAAGAACAGAAAUUUAAUUCAGUAUCCAUAAAUCCUAUGGAACAGUUUCACCAGCUAUUACAAGCAUCAAUGUUCUUCGGAGUUUGGUAUAUAUAUAUAUAUAUAUACAUAUACACAUAUAUAUUUAUAUAUAUAUAUAUAGUUUUAAAUUAUCAUCGCCUGCGAGUCUAUCUUUACGAUCUAGGACGUCGUUAAAGUGCCUAAUCGAAAUAUCGAUUUUCACCCAUAAUCACUGAGAGUUCACGUAAUCAUAUCGACUGUGAUCAGUAAUCCGCAAGACAGCCUAUGCCGUCAAUCAAGAUAUAAAUAUUUUUUAUUUUGUAGAAAUUGAUAUUCAAAGUACGUUAAUUAUUAUUUUAAGAUUACAUUACAAUAACAUAAGACUAAUAAAAUAGAAUAGAUCUUUGUUCGAUAGUAACGCGUACUUUUGUACACUUGGGGCGAAUAUCAAUCUUGGCGGAAACACGCAACGAAACAAUAUACAAUGUUUUAUCCUUUAUUGUAAACCAAUAUCGGAAAAAAUUGGAUAUAACUGAUGCUAAUAUAACCGGCUAACUACGAAUAUUAAGAGCUAUCCCAAAAUAUUUCAAUUGAUUACCGGAUAACUUAUAUACCACCCCUUCCGUAAA